UCAAAAGUCAGCAGCAAUAAUGAAAAUCUUCGUGGCUCUCUUGGCAUUCGUUGCCUUCGCCAGCGCGGCGUCCGUGGGCCAGCCGAUCGAUUCCCAGUCAAUCUCCAGCACCAUUGAGGAUCUGAUCCAUGGCAUUCAGGAGCAGAUGCCCUGCGGCUUUGCCGGCCUGGGCAUUCCCCCACUCGCCCCCCUCAGAAUCGACCACAAGAACAUCGACAUCGACACGAGCGCCUUGAAGGCCAAGGGCACCAUCGACCACUUCCGCCUGAAUGGCAUGGACGACUUCGAGAUCGACGAGAUGAAGGUCAAUGCCCUGACCAGCAAGGUCACCUACAAGUUCACCUUCCGCAACGUGAACGUGGACACCAGCUACGACCUGACUGUGCUGCUGAAGAAGUUCGGCUUCACCAUCAAUUUGAUCGGCGCUGGACACGCCAAGUUCGCCAUUAAGGACAUGGUCAUCUGGGGCACCCUCAAGUACUCCCUGGGCGUCCUCUCCGGCAAGCUGAAGCUCAAGUCCCUGGAGGUGCGCACCCACCUGGGCGAGGUCGACUCCGAGAUUGAGGGUAUCUUGGGAGAUGGCGCGGUCAACGAGAAGAUGAACCUGUACCUCGCCGAGGCCGUCGAGAUGGCGGUCAACGAGAACGAGGACCUGAUCACCGACACCAUCGAGGCGAUCGCCCUGCCCGUGGUCAACAACGUGCUCGACGAGAUCAGCGUGGCCGAUGUCAUCGCUGGAUCCGGUGGUGAGGGUGGCGAGAAGGAGGUCUGCAUUCCCCCAGAGCUCGAUUGGUGAAUAAAUCCACGCACUGUUUAAAAUGAGCUAAUAAUGA